UGACAGCGUACCAGUUUGAAAUAUUGCAGUGAGUAGGCUAAUGCAACAGUCAGGAGCAGCAGACACAGUGAGCUGUUAGAUAAGGAGCGACAGGCUGCACAUUCUGAGCCAGGUGACUGAAGUGGAGAUUGACAUAAGGAGGCCCGCUAGGAGGCCCCUCCAUCGCCCCUCAUCCCCAUCUCCUUCUCCUCUACUUCCAUCUCUUCCCCUGCAUCCCUCCCUCACCCAACCUCAGCAUGGAUCUGAAGGAUCGUAGGCACCGCUCCCUGACGAGGGGUCGCUGCUCCAAAGACUCCCAGUACAACACCUCCUCCCUGGAUGCAGAUGAGUGCCGUGUACCAACUCAGAAGUCCUACAGCUCCAGUGAGACACUCAAGGCCUUCGACCAUGAGCAGAGACUGCACUAUGGUGGGUGUGUGACUGACCUGGUUCACCACGAGGCUGAUGAGUACUCCAGGCAAGGGGGUAACUUCACCCUGGCCGAGCUGGGAGUUUGUGAGCCAACUUCCCCUCCGCACCCUGCUGCCGUUCCCUACUGUCCCGACCUGGGCCUCCUCCAGAGGGGGUACUCCCUCAGCGCUGGCUCUGAUGCCGACUCAGACCCCGAGGGGCCGCUGUCUCCAGAGCGAGCCAUCCAGUUGUGGACCGGACGAGGAAGGGUGAAGUCUCGCCGCAGCUCAGGUGUGUCCAGUCACGAGAACUCGGCCCUCACCCUCACCGACUCAGAGAAUGAGAACAAGUCUGACGACGAGUCAGCUUACCUAGAUGAUGAGGAGGAUGAGGAUCCAUUUGGGGACUAUGUAAUCAGUCGUCCACUCCCUCCAACCUCUUCCUCCUCCCUGCUCCCCCCGUCCCAUCCGUCCUCCUCGUCUGCCCCCCACCACCCCUCCCCCGGCCCGUCUCCCCCGAUCAGGGAAUGCCAGGUGCCCCUGCUGGAGAAAAACUCCACCCACUCCCACCUGGAGCCCCAUCCGGAUGACUCAUACAUGCUCCGGGCCCAGCCCUCCUCCGCGGCAUCUGUUCUUCAGGGCCAUGUGGGUGACACCUGCGUCCCAGUGGCGGCGCGGAGGAAUCAGGGGCAGCCAACCACCACAGUCAGUCAACACUACGGCCUCCACUGCCCCCUCCACACAACCACCACACCUUAUCCCACCAGUCUGCCAACAGCCUGA